AGAUUAGUGACAGUUGCAAAACAUCGGCCAGGAACACUGCGGCUUCUGUCGCGCGACAUCUCAGCCGCCAGCGAUGACGAAUACCCCAUCGUAGCCCUCUCUCCUUACUCCCAACUCACCUUUCAAUGUCCGCAACGGACGUGCCCGCGGUUGGGCUCUACAAACCCCUCAUCGAAGAACAUGUCCAAAAGCUGAGCGAAGAGCGAGGGGACGGCGAUUACGAUACUCCCGUCCUGGAGUCAGACUGUGCCGAACUACUCGACAGUAUCCGCUCAAUACGCAGUCAGAGUGCUCCAGACAAUCUACAGCUACACAAUGCCGCCAUCGAGACUGUAUUUCGGGAGACUUUCAUCGAUAUAGUCGCGACGGUUGAUAUUUCCGAACCAGCCUUUUCGCAGAUAUGGGUCCUUCUCGACAUCAGCUCCAUCUUGUCAGACAACGAACUAUGCGACCCGGGCUUGGGUUUCUGGCUCGUGGAAGAACUCCUCGACAGUCAGACCAUCGAAGGAUGUCGCAAAGUAUUUGACUACCUCGAAUCACGGCGAGAAAGGAUAACAGCAAAACAUUUCAAAGCCAAGGGCUUGGUCAUCCUCCGGUGCUGCAAUGAGUUACUACGACGCCUGUCGCGUGCUGAAGACACGGUAUUUUGCGGCCGGGUCUUCAUCUUCCUAUUCCAGAGCUUCCCACUGGGCGACAAAAGUUCGGUCAACCUGCGAGGUGAAUUCCACGUCGAGAAUGUCACCACCUUCGAUCCUGCGCCCAAGAAGUCCGACGAUGCCAUCAAGCCGAUGGAACUCGACACCGAGACACCGCAGGCGACAUCAGGCGCUCAGACACCAGCAUCAAGCAGCCAAAUCGAAUCUCGCAGUACACCGGCGGCCAAAGCCACCAAAGAAUCCAAACAGCAACCGCCCGACCUCGACGCCCUCUAUCCCAAGUUCUGGUCGCUACAGACUCUAUUCUCCUCCCCGACUCGCCUUUUCGAGCCGUCCAACAUGUCCGCAUUCAAAGACGGCAUCGCCACGACUCUUUCCUGCUUCAAAUCCGUUGCGACCAGUUCCACCUCCAGCACGAACCCGACUGACGUCAAGCGCGGUCUCAAGCGCAAGCGGACCGGCGUCGAGACCGACAACAACACCACCUCAACAUUCAACCCCAAGUACCUCACAAACCGGGACCUAUUCGACCUCGAGAUCCACGACCUGGCAUUCCGGCGACACAUCCUGGUCCAAGCACUCAUUAUGAUCGAUUUCCUCUUGAGUCUGGCACCCGCAGCCAAGGCCAAAUUCGAGGGCCUGACCAACAAGUCCGUACUAUACGCCUACACGCUAUCGGACGAGGACACCAAAUGGGCGCAGUCCACUCGCACCGCUAUUGCAAGCUAUCUGCAGCAGGGCAACGGAAACGAGGGCAAAUUUUACUACCGAAUGGUUGAUACGGCAUUGUCGCGCGACAAGAAUUGGGUAAGGUGGAAGGCAGAGAACUGUCCGCCGAUAUCGCGCGAGAGUGUCACACCGCAAGCAUAUAUCGAGGCGAGGGAUACUCUGACGAAGAUCGCCGACCAGGCGAAAGCGCCGCUGCCCAAUCCGCCAGGCGCGGGGGAUCUAGCGUUCUUGUCGAAAGCGGAAAGUCUGGAGGAGCUGAAACGGCGGUCAAAACGACAUCGAGUGCCGAGCGUUGAGGAGUACUACAAAGAGAUUGAGGGGGCGGAUCUAGAUCUCGAUUUCGCCGUGACAGACGACGAAAAGAAAGAGAUUGAAGAGCGGAAGGCGGGGAAGCUGUGGAGGGCGUUGCGGACGAGUGGACGGCGGUUUGCGCUGUGUGAAAAGGUACAGUAUGGUGGGAAUCUGAAGGCUUUGGUGGAAGAGGACGAGGUGGAAAAGCCUGCUGGGGAGAAUGCGAAUAAUGAGGCUGAGUAUGUUAAGCAGAAUGGGGAUGCGCAAGAGGAUGAGAAAGACGACGGUGGUCACGACGGUGGGGCCAGGCCGGAUGAUGGGAAUGAGGCUCAGGCGGAGCAGACGGUCAAGGUUGAAAUGGAGGUUGAGGCUGAAGGUGCGACUGAUAUACAGGAUGAAACAGGUGCCAGUGUGGAUCAUGGCGAAGAACAGCAACAGCCUCAGCCUGGUAAGCCGGACGAGAUGGAGGCUGAGGCUGAGGCUGAUCCUCGGGCUGAAGGUGAAGCUGAUGCUGUAUUUGUCGAGCAGCAAGACGCGCCUGCAGCUAUAGAGGAUACGGAGAUGAUUGAUGCAGGUGUCGUUGAAGAUUCGGGAGAAAAGAACGGCGAGCACGACACCCAGAAAGAUGCAGGAGAAAUAUGAGUUAUACGCAAAUGUGUCAAAGAAUAUUAUUGUUCAAUUAUCACAAAAUCUUCCGUACAUGACGGGAAUAUGCUCUGCAAAUAUAAUAGAUGCUGAUUUGCUAAUGCUAACGCCGUCCCAGGGUGCGAGGGA